UAUCCUCCGUUAAAUCCCUCCCUCACUCACUCUCACUCUCACUCUCCAGUGCUUAGCUCAGACAACACAAUGGCAUUACCGGUUGUCCUUCUCAUCCUCUCUCUCUCCUCUUUCUCUCUCCUCACUCCCACACAAUGCCGUGGACGAUCCCAAAGACUCACCCUCAACUACUACCAAAAAUCAUGCCCUAGAUUCCAACAGAUCAUGCAAGACAUCGUCACCAACAAACAGAUCACCUCCCCCGCCACCGCCCCCGGCGCCCUCCGCCUCUUCUUCCACGACUGCCUCAUUGAGGGCUGCGACGGCUCCGUCCUCGUCUCCUCCACCCCCUUCAACAAAGCCGAGCGCGACUCCGACAUCAACCUCUCCCUCCCUGGCGACGCCUUCGACGUCGUCGUCCGUGCCAAGACCGCCCUCGAGCUCGUCUGCCCCGCUGUCGUCUCCUGCGCUGACAUCCUAGCCGUCGCCACUCGCGAUCUCGUCACCAUGAUGGGAGGACCAUUCUACAAUGUCAAAUUAGGCCGUAGAGAUGGGUUGAUCUCAAAAGCAUCUCACGUCGAAGGGAAUAUUCCGAUGCCCACCAUGUCGAUGACACAACUGAUUCAGAUUUUCGCAUCCAGAAACUUCUCAGUUCAAGAAAUGGUGGCACUGAGUGGUGCUCAUACGAUUGGGUUCUCGCAUUGUAGUGAAUUUAGCAAAAACAUUUACAAUUUCAGCAAGAAAUCGCAAUACGACCCGAGUUAUAAUCCUCGAUACGCACAAGGGCUGAGAAGUGCUUGUGCUGAUUAUCAGAAGAAUUCGAGUGUGUCAGUGUUCAACGAUGUGAUGACUCCGAACAAGUUCGACAAUGUGUACUACCAGAACUUGGGCAAGGGGUUGGGGGUUUUGUCUUCGGAUCACGCAUUGUAUUUGGAUCCCAGGACGAGGCCAUAUGUUGAGAUGUACGCUGGGAAUCAGAAUGCUUUCUUUGAGGCAUUUCGUCGAACGAUUGAGAAGCUGAGUGUCUAUGGUGUCAAGACUGGACGGAGAGGAGAGAUUAGGCGAAGGUGUGAUGCGUUCAACAAUUGAAAAUAGGAGAGGUUGUUACUUAAUGGUGGCUGACCCUUAGGGUGUGACAAAUGAAACCCUUUGAACUCUGGAGUUUGUGACACUAACUAUAGCAAAAUGUGUUGCAAGUGGAGCUUUGAUUAUUAUGAUUGGAGCAGUUGCAAAAUACCUGGAUCUGGAUAUUGAAAGGAAUAAGUAUUGGCUUAGUCUCCUAAAUCAUGAAUCAGAAAAACCCAGGUUUCCCGUGCUCUUCCACAUGCAGGUCUGUAAUGUAUCGUUUAACUGUGCUGAACCCAGAAGUUUAAAGAUUUUCAGAAUAGUUUCUUUACACAUUGGUUAUUAUCAUUCGGGAUGGCUAUUAUGAGUAA